CAAUACAUAUAUAUGUGGAUUGAUCGAUUAGUUGUUAAUUUAUUUUUUUAUUUUUAUCAAUUGUCAUUUGUCGACAAGUGAUCCUUAUUCUAUUAGCUUGUUAUUUGAUUGAAAAUGCCGUUUGCGGAAACCAUCAAUGGUCACGAUAGCUUCUCGGCUGUCAAAUGGUUGACUAAUAACGAUGUGCUACAAACAAAUGUAAAGGAUGCACAACAUACAUACACCUUCGAAAUAUUACAGGAAUCAGCACAAUAUUUAUUGAAUCGCAUCAAGAUUAAACCGAAAAUAGGAAUUAUAUGCGGUUCGGGAAUGGGAUCAUAUGAGCAAAACGAGUUGUGUCCAGGUUCGAUUGCGGAAUCCCUCGUGGACAAACAAUGCUUCCCUUAUGAAGAAAUCCCACAUUUUCCGAUAUCUACGGUAAAAGGACAUACCGGUCAGAUGGUCUUUGGGUAUCUUCAAGGUGUACCAGUCAUGUGCAUGCAAGGCAGAUUUCAUUAUUAUGAAGGUUAUCCACUUUGGAAGUGUGCUAUGCCAGUAAGAGUGAUGAAGCUGGUGGGUGUGACACAUUUAAUUGCUACGAACGCGGCCGGCGGUCUAAAUCCCAUCUACAAAGUAGGUGAUAUCAUGAUAGUAAAGGAUCAUGUGAAUAUGAUGGGUUUUGCCGGCAACAAUCCGCUUCAAGGACCAAAUGAUGAUAGGUUUGGACCUCGAUUUCCGCCUAUGAAUAAAGCCUAUGAUACCACACUGAUGGAGAUCGGUAGACAAGUAGCUGAAGAGAUGGGCAUUGGCGAUAUUGUACAUAAGGGGGUUUACACGUGUUUGGGUGGACCUAAUUUCGAGACAGUGGCAGAAUUGAAGAUGUUGCGAAUGAUCGGUGUCGACGCGGUUGGCAUGUCCACGGUUCAUGAGGUGAUCACCGCCCGACAUUGCGAUCUCACCGUGUUCACCUUCAGUUUAAUCACUAACCAAUGUGUUACGGAUUACGAAGAUCACUACGAAGCAAAUCAUGAGGAAGUGAUGGACGUUGGCAAAGCGCGACAGCCGAUUCUUCAAGAAUUUGUGUCCAGAAUUGUGAUACGUCUCAGGGAUAUUCUGCAACUGACGACAAAAUAAUUCAUUUUACAUGCUGAUCGGAAUAAUUCACUUUACUACAUGAGACCUCAAAUUGUUGAAUUAUUCGUUUCAGUUUUUAUAUUUAACUCUUAGUACACAUCUCUGAGUCAUUCAUGUUCUGCGGAUUUAUUUUCUUUGAAAAACUAAGAGCACCUGAUAUCGGUCUCUUUUCUAUUACUAAAAAAAGUUUGACAUCUAAAAAAAACACAUUUGACAUCUAAAGAACAAAUUUUGUGCGUAGUCUCAAUUCGUCCUUUAACUGGACGGCAUAUAACUCCGAAGUUCAUCUUUGGAUUACAAAUAAUCCAACGUGUGUACAGAGUGUACAUUUUUUAUAACUAAAAAAAUUGUUUUUUUCUUCAUUUUUAAUUAAUUCUCGGUUGUAUUACGGAAAUAUUUCGUGAAUUAAAAAAAAAUUUAAUUAUCUUAG